UUCCUUUGCCACCGUUCACCAACUUUUAUUCUCCACAGAAUCACAACAACAUAGUCACUGAAAGAGACACUUACAAACGACAGAAAGAUAGAAAAAGAAGAGAAAAUGGAGAGAAAAGUUAUGAUAGUGUGCUGCGUUGUGGCCUUCUUGGGUCUCUUAUCAGCUGCAACUAGCUUUGCUGCUGAAGCGACAAGGAUUAAGGGUAAUCAGAUUCAGUUUAUCUCACCAAAUCAGUGCAAAUAUCCUCGAAGUCCAGCUCUACCUCUUGGAUUCACUGCGGCAAUGUCUCUUAUGAUAUCUCAAAUUGUCAUAAAUAUUUCAACUGGGUGCAUUUGUUGCAGAAAAAGUUUGCGAAUCCCUGAUGCCAAUUGGUCUGUGGCACUGGUCUGCUUUGUUUUAUCCUGGUUCACAUAUGUAAUUGCAUUUCUCCUGUUGCUAACUGGUGCUGCAUUGAACGAUCAGCGUGGCGAAGAGAAUGUAUACUUAGGCACCUACUAUUGCUAUGUUGUGAAACCCGGAGUGUUUGCUGGUGGUGCAAUUUUAUCUCUUGCAAGUGUUGCAUUUGGAAUUGUCUAUUAUGUUACCUUGAUGGAGGGAAAGAAAGCUAGCAACCCUUUUGAUGAAUCCUCAUAUCCAAACCAAGGGACCAUAGCCAUGGGACAACCACAGAUUCCAGCUCAAACUAGUCAUGAUCCGGUAUUUGUGCAUGAAGACACAUACAUUCGACGACAGUUCACAUGAUUGAUGAACAACUGUCUAUCCUUAUUAAAAGCUUAGGGUUGCAUUAUUCGGUUUCUGAAACUUGAAUCUGGCAAUGUGAAGUUUGGAGAUUGCUCUAGUCAAAACCUGGUUUAUGCGUAUUCCUAGGAUGUAUGUAGUAUAUUAUAACUUAUGUACAUUAUCACCAAAACAACGGUUUGCGAGAUUAUGAAUUUUACUAUGUUUAUAUUUCGAUGGUCCAUACAACUAAGGUUUCAAAUCAUGGUCUUGUUGCAAUCCUUGAUAUUGCAGAUAAUUGCGGUCAAAUGCAGCUAAUAUGAUUUCAGUUGCGGUCAUAGACAAGUGUGGCUGAUAUGAUCUCAAAUUUGGUCACAAUGUAGUUGCAGACGGGAAAUGCUAGUAUAGGCACAACUACAAAUGACAUGGUGUUAGGCACACUCACACAUGUUAUUGGUAGUAAGUAGCAAGUAAUAUGUAAGUUGUUAUUAAAUUGGAAAAACAUGUUGAGAUGAAUUGGGAGCCAAUGCAUUGCUGUUCUAGAAGA